AUGUCAAAACACACAAAACAACCGCCUCGCCGUACCGGUACCUCGCCCGCUCGUCUCUUCCCCUCGCGCUACCGCAGUGACACCACCCAAAUCCUCACGCGCGCUCCACAUCACGAGCAUCAAUUCAGCGGCCUUGGGGCUAGUGCGGCAGUUAGCACGAGCGUUCCUAGGUGCUGUACCAGCGCUGUAGCCAAGCCCAAGUCCACUGAAAGCGUGCAACCCCCGAUCCUCGCAAAACAACGACCUGACCUGGACGCUUUCUCCAAGCCGCCCCUUUCGUUUUUUUCUCCCCUUCGCCUCACGCAUCGUCGGCAAUCCGUAUUCCCUGGAGGCAGGCUGCCGUUGGCGUCUCGCAAGCUUCCACCAGACCCGCGCUUGCCUUGCAGCCACCGACCAGAGCCCAACAGAGACCAAGGCCCGGGUCGGGAUGAGCGAACGACCCUCUUCGUGUGUGCCAGACCGCAGCCGCACACCCGCAUCGUCCGCUGCCCGCUCGCGACAACUGCUCACUCUAUGACCCUCAAGCACAAGGCGCCUGCUGGGCCUCGACCAGCAAACACGUCACCUCGCCUAACAUAUACCAGAUCAUCCAGUCGUGUACCGACGGCGACCUCGAGGAGCAACAGCUCGAUAUCCAAUUCUCCAAUGCUCAGCACCACAUCAUCCACCAACCGCUCUCAUUUUUCCUACGGUCGAAAUGGACAGGCAAGCCAGGCAGAACAAACAAUCACCACCACAGGCUCUUACGAUUUUCUACCCUCUGUGAGCUUCGACGACCUCCACACCAGCAUCGAAUCCGCCGGCUCCAGCACUGAAUUCCGCCGCAACAAGUAUCCUUCUCCAGCGGCGUCACGGAGUGACGUCGAAUCUUCGUUAAGCAUGGCCGACAGGAGGAUGUCCGACAAGUCGGCCGCCAAUCCCAAUGGCAGUGCUACGCGCGUGGGCGUUUCGGGCUCGUCUUCGCGAGCCACGAGGUCGGGAUCCAUUCUCCACAGGCCAAGCGCGUCGAGACAGAACAGCGCCUCAUCCAUUUCAACCACGUCCGGCUCCAUCGAUGCUUCCACGGCGACUAUUGGAGUACGCACCCGCCGCCAGAGCCAGUAUCCUCCAGUCUCUGGUUCCAAUGCCGCCGCCAAACCCCCUCGAAAAUCUAUCGGGCCUGGCGUCGUUGCCGACGCGGAGACGGUCACGCGGAGCUCCUCGAAACGCCGUCCCAGUCUCUUCUCGGAGAGGACCAGCGAUAUGACCAGAGCCUCCCUUGAUAUAGCAGAUGCCACCCACACCUUCGCCACUACCGCCAGGAGCGUCAAGGCCAAGUCGGUGCAGCCCUCCCCGGUGGUCAGCCAAACAAACAUUUUAGCCAGUACCUCGCUCACGCCAGAGCAACUUCGCCCUGCUCCCAAAUCGCCGCGCCCUGGGAGCAAGGGACUGACGCCGUCAUCCUCGGGGCGGCGGGCAUCCGUCAUGCCUACGGGCCAUGCCUCUCAUGCAACCGGCCUAGGUGCCCGAACCAUAAGCCCAACCGAUACUAGAAGAUUGAAACGUAUGUCCAUGAUGCCACAGUCUAUGAGCUCAAGCCAAGUUUCAAAUGUGCCAGCGAACCCGCCGAUUUCGAUGGAGACGCGAGCCGCCUCUAGAUCGCCAUCAAUGAUUCCUAGGAAGGCCUCUGCCACGCCAUCGUCGUCCCGGACCACGCCAGAUAUCAGCAGAAAAUCGUACAGCUCUGGUCUUUCCGUUGGUUCUACCAUUAGCUUCAACACCGUGAGGACGUCUACUGGCUCUCUGCAGCCGCGCUUAUCGCAGUCAUCCUCCGUAUCUCGACUACCCGCUCCAAAGCAUACUGCUACUCACGGCUCGUUGCCCUCGGGCGACGAAGAAGACGUGCCCCCUGUUCCUGCAAUCCCCAAAGCAUUUGAAUCUCCAAAGGACAACGAGGCCGAUGCAUACUUUUUGGCCAAGAAGAAAUCCAGCCUCGGUACUCUCGACAGCAUCACCAUCAACCUUGGCACCAGAGACUCUACCACGAGCCAGGCGGCCCCGGCGCCCACAAUGGGAACUGUCAAACUGCAACGUAAGCCGAGCGUCAAGACAGCGGCAUACGCGCCCGUGAUGCCGAGACCCGAGGAGAAGAAGAACACGCAAGUGAAGAAGAGUUUGGAACCCCUUCGAUUGCCACCACUGAAUCUUGGUCCGUUGAGCAUACCUACAGCAGCCAAAGUGGCCGCAUUGCAAGACGAGCGAAACAUGAGCCCACCGGCCUCACGACAGCUCCCCAAGACGCCAACGACUCCGAUGACAGCAUCAAAGAGCUCAUUCUUUGCAAAGACGCGCUAUGAUGAUAACAUUGAGCCAUUGCCGCCCAUCAGAAGCAGCACUUCGGCACACCGAACUCAUCGCAGAACCCCAAGCCCACCAGACGCGACGACCUCUUCUUCGGACAAUUCUUUGGUUUUCAAAGAUUUGACUACCAAGUCGAACAUGACUCCGUUUUUGUCCUCAUCUCUCCCCAAGAACAAUCCCACACAGGGAUUCUCGAAGCACGCUAAUGUCAAUCGAACACUGUUUGAUGACAAGACUCCUCACCAGAAACCUGCUGGGCCGCGCCCACCGAAUACAGACAAACCCGUACCCAAGUCUCCUCCGCCGAGUCUACCUGCUGAGCAACCUCAAACGCCUUCUUCGAUGAGCACGCUCAGGAGAAAGCUUAGCCUGUCUUGGAAGAAGGGCAACUCAAAGGGAGCCAUUGUUCCACCCCAGGAUGUCGUAGACAAGGCGCAGGGCAUGAAACAAGACAGUAUACCGCCUCCUCGAAUACCCGCAUCUGCCACGUUGAACUCUCUCCCAACCGGGAAGCAUUCUGGUCCGAGCGCAUCUGUUCCCCAGGGACUCUCUGAGUCAAAGAGAAGGAAAAGCUCUGCUGGCAGCAUGAACGCUGCCUAUGUUUCCCACGAUAGAACUAAGAGUGACCCGUGGGCAGCCAAAAAGGAUGCCGCCGCCGCUGCCGAUCCUACGACCAUGCCCCCAGCGCGCAACCCUUCGGUCAUGGCCAAGCUCAUGAGACCCAAGACGGCCUCGAGCGCCAUGUCCAGUUCAACCUCGUACGUUGCCGAGAUCGACAAGGACGAUGUCAUUGCCGAAGAAGAGAUGCGCAAGUUGGGAUCUCGGCGCAAGGAGACGGAAAUCGCGGCCAGGACGCUCGACGCCUUGAAGAAGAGGGCUUCACCUAAGGAGCGGGUUGGACCUCACGAGGCGAUUCGCAUUGCCAUGCUAAACAUUUAUGAGCGUGGUGAGAUUAUCGACUACAACGACGUGUAUUUCUGCGGCACCCAGAACGCCAACAAGGUCGUCGGCGACCUGUCGUCGGACGCCCCGAACUUUGGCUAUGACGAUGAGCGCGGAGACUAUUCGAUUGUAAUCGGUGACCACCUCGCAUACCGCUACGAGGUCAUCGACGUCCUUGGAAAGGGAAGCUUCGGUCAAGUCGUUCGAUGCAUCGACCAUAAGCUCGGCGUUCUCGUUGCCGUCAAGAUCAUUCGAAACAAGAAAAGAUUUCACCAGCAAGCUCUUGUUGAGGUUAACAUUCUGCAAAAGCUUCGCGAGUGGGAUCCUCAUAAUAGACACAGCAUGGUAAACUUCACUCAGAGCUUCUACUUCCGUGGCCAUCUCUGCAUCUCCACGGAACUGUUAGACAUGAACCUCUACGAAUUCAUCAAGGCCCACUCCUUCAGGGGGUUCUCUUUGCGGAUCAUCAGACGCUUCACAAAGCAGAUUCUCAGUUCUCUGAUUAUACUGAAGCAGAAGAAGGUUAUCCACUGCGACUUGAAGCCAGAGAAUAUUUUGCUACGUCAUCCGCUCCACGCCGAAAUCAAGGUCAUUGACUUUGGUUCCAGCUGCUUUGAGAGCGAAAAGGUCUACACCUACAUCCAAUCGCGAUUCUACCGGUCACCCGAAGUAAUAUUGGGCAUGACCUACGGUCUGCCGAUUGACAUGUGGAGCGUGGGUUGUAUCCUGGCCGAGCUGUAUACCGGUGUGCCCAUCUUCCCUGGUGAAAACGAGCAAGAGCAGCUAGCCUGCAUCAUGGAGGUUUUCGGCCCCCCUGAAAAGCACCUCAUUGAAAAGAGCACGAGGAAGAAGCUCUUCUUCGACUCCAUGGGCAAGCCCCGACUGACAGUCUCGUCCAAGGGCCGCAGACGGCGCCCCUCAUCCAAGACUCUGCAGCAGGUGUUGAAGUGUGACGACGAGGCGUUCCUUGAUUUUGUCGCCCGGUGUCUCAGAUGGGACCCUGAUCGCCGGCUGAAACCUGAGGAUGCUGUCAGGCAUGAGUUCAUCACGGGAAUAAAGGUGCCCACCCCUAUCCCCCGCUUACCUAUGCGCGAAGCAUCCCCGGUAAAGCGCCACAACACCAUCUCGGUGUCUCGUCCUUUGCCCGAUCCGCCUGGCAUUUCAGGCAAGGCCAAUGCCAGCCCCGGCAAGCCAGUCCCCGUCUCCAUGCGUAGAGCGUCAGGAGCCACGGCAGCCACCACCGCAAGCCUCAACAGGCGGACAAGUGCCGGGCCCGCGAGCCAUGGGCUGACGGGUCUGACUGCCACAUCAAGCACCAGCAGCUUGCCGCGGGCUGCGGGCCGUAUCGUGAGCGGAACCCGGGACAUUGCCGCCGCGGGCGCAACUGCGGCUAUGAAUCGACGAGCUUAG